AAAAUUUGUACAUCAGAUUCUAAACAUGCUAACCUAAAUUUGACAGAAUUCAUGAUUCAUAAAUAAGGCAAAUACAAUCACUAAUUCGUAGGCUAUAAGGUUUAUAACUUUUAUACCAACACCAACACGUAAAGAGCAGGAUGUAAAAUCGUUGAAACUAUAUAAAUAGCAAGACUAGUCAUGCCAGACGUGUAAUUGUGUAUUUCGGAUCUCACACAUUGAAUGUGUUUACAACUUCAUGUGUAGCUACAGCACGGUUAUUCUCAAUACAGUUUGAAGAAAGAAACAAAUAAUGGAACCCAUUUCAGAAAGUGUUAAAAAGAAAUCCAUAUCAGACAUAAAAGAUACUCCAAAGCUACAGUUCUAUAGGCGUAAACUUCCAGAUUCAUGCAUUCCGUUUUCAUCACCAGAAGGGAAGAAUAUAUUUCAGGAAGCGUUGCUAUUCGGACAUAUGGAGUGCUAUUUUAAAUUAGCUGCACAGUUUCGUACCCAAGAUGAGCCAGCUUUUUGUGGAUUAAGUACACUUGUCAUGGUAUUAAACGCACUGGAAAUUGAUCCUGAACAAGUUUGGAAAGGACCAUGGCGAUGGUAUCAUGAGAAUAUGUUGGACUGUUGCGUUCCAGUUAAAGUUAUAGAACAAGAUGGGAUUAAUUUAGGCCAGUUUGUGUGUCUUGCUGAAUGCAAUGGCUUAGAAACCAAGAUGAUAAUCGUAGAUGAAAAUGCUACUCUUGAAAUUUUCCGGGAAGUUCUGCUAAAAUAUACCAAGCAGGAUGAUUACUUAAUAACAUUGUCAUAUUCGCGCAAAGUUCUUUCUCAGACUGGAGAUGGACACUUCUCUCCGGUUGGUGGUUAUCAUGUAGAACGAGACCUUGUCCUCAUAUUGGAUACAGCUAGGUUCAAGUAUCCUCCACAUUGGGUAUCCGCUUCUUUACUAUUUGAAGCUAUGCAAGUCAAAGACAAAUCAACAGGAAAACCCAGAGGAUACGUCAUAAUGAAUAAAAAGCCAAGUAGUCGACCACUACUUCUUUUCCGAUUGUCUGAUCAAUUUGGAAUAAUUUUGGAAAAGUCUUGCACUAAGUCUAAUAUGAGCAUGUUACGUGGUUGGAAAGCAUGGUUAGCGGAGCCAUGCGACAGUUGUGUCAACAUUGAAGGUAUUAUAGCUAACGCUGUCAACUUCCUUGUAAAAGAGGCAACUACGUCAACCCAACAAGAAUUCAUUUUUACAACACAACUUGAUAUCAAAUGUUGUCAAGGCAUUUCUGAUCAACACUUAUGUUCUAUCAAAACAUUAAUUGAUGAGCUACAAGAUCACGAAGUGUAUAAACUAGUGGAUGCUACAUUCAGCACAAAAUUUGCUAAUACCAACUGCGAAGCAUUAUUUGGAACUCCAGCUGUAUUCUUCAAUGAACCAUCCGGCUCAAUGAAAUGUGUGCGAAUGUUACAGUCACAACAUUUUAUUACGCUCUUGCUUCUAUGUUCACCAUACAAGGUUAUGGUAGACACACUACAAAACACUACGGGAGCAAUGCUUAACACCUUUCUCCAACAAAUCAUGGGUUUGGAAGAAACAAAAUAUUUAAAAAAUGAAAUCGGACUUUUAAAAAAACAGUUCAAAGUUUUGUUUUGUUCCUACAAAAUCUGUUGUAAAUGAAUCAUAAAUUAAAUUAAACUACCCUGUCA